UUAGACUCUUAUCUCAAUAAUUGAUCCCCAAAAUGGUGUUCUUCAAUUGGGUGAUUGCUAUUCAGUUUUAGGGAGAAGAAGACUUUGGCUUGAUGGCUAACAUCAAGCUUUGCAAUUAAUUUGUAUUUGACUUUCUCUUUCUCUUUGUAAUUUGUGUACAGCAGUAAAGAGAUAUUGAUAUUAAGCAAAGAUCCUAAUCAAUGGAGGAUUUAGCUGGGCCAAGGCUGUAUGGCUGCUACAAGUGCCAAAACCAUGUUUGCUGUCAUGAUGAUGUUGUCUCCAAAGAUUUUCAGGCAAGCCGGGGCAGAGCGUUUCUGUUCUCCCAUGCAAUGAAUGUGGUUGUAGGGCCUACAGAGGACCGAUAUCUCAUCACAGGCCUGCACACAGUUGCAGAUGUACACUGCUGUGAUUGUAAGGAGGUGUUGGGCUGGAAAUAUGUAAAAGCCUAUGAGGAAUUGCAGAAGUAUAAAGAAGGAAAGUUUGUUCUUGAAAAAUUUAAGAUUGUCAAGGUGAAUUGGUAGCAUACUGAAAUGGAUUGUGGAAUUCGUCUGGUUUGAUUUUUCAUAAGUUUCUAUUCAUCAUGUACAAAAGAAGUCUAUUCAACUGGCUUUGUGGUGUCCUUUGUGAAUAAUAAUCUUGUAAAGGUAACCAAA